AUGCCUCACCCCACUCUGCUUUCCUCCUUACGACAACCCCCGAACCAAAGCUGCCCAUCCCUGAGUCUGAGCCAAGACCUCGAACUUGCAUCUAACCUCGCGCCUUUAACAACUCUUCGCAACUUGCUGCGUCUCCUUCGCCGUAUCCCGCUCGCUCUAUCCACGUACCUACCAUGUUUUGCGUCCCUGUGCUCUGCAACCCCGCGCUCUUCCUGCGCUCCUGCCUCGCAGUUGGGUGAGGGGCCGGCUUGCUUGUGGGCGGUGGAAGCCGCUGCGUUCAACAUCGUCGUCUUAACUAAUUCGGUUGCACCACAGGCCGACUCUCUUACCGAGGAGCAGGUCUCCGAGUUCAAGGAGGCAUUUUCUCUGUUUGACAAGGAUGGAGAUGGCCAGAUUACCACCAAGGAGCUGGGCACCGUCAUGCGUUCCCUGGGCCAAAACCCGUCCGAGUCGGAGUUGCAGGACAUGAUUAACGAGGUGGAUGCUGACAACAACGGCACCAUCGACUUUCCUGAGUUCCUGACCAUGAUGGCCCGAAAAAUGAAGGACACUGAUUCCGAGGAGGAGAUCAGAGAGGCAUUCAAGGUGUUUGACCGUGACAACAAUGGGUUUAUCUCGGCAGCAGAGCUGCGUCAUGUUAUGACUUCUAUCGGCGAAAAGCUCACCGACGACGAGGUUGACGAGAUGAUUCGGGAAGCUGAUCAGGACGGCGACGGCCGAAUUGAUUGUAUGGAACCAUCAAACUAA